AAGCAGCAGCAACCUUCUAGUUAUAUUCAGUGGGCGACGUGACCUGUUUCUCUCCAGUGGUGAUGUAAUUUAAUCGUAGAUAAAACUUUUGUCGCACUAUGCGCCUAUCUGUUCAAAUGCUGGACUCUUCCAGGUACCGAGACUAAAAGCGACGGAGCAGUCAAUUUCUAGCUGUUCCUGUACAUCAGGAGGAGCACCAAAUGCUACUUAGCUACACUGUUAGCAUCUUAGCAGCUGCUCCCUUAACUUGAAGGCAUCAUUGAGUCCUACUCAUAGAGUAUAUACUGCGUGAUAGCACAGAGAACAGCAAAAUGACCUCAGCUUCCACUAAAGUAGGGGAGAUCUUCUCUGCAGCUGGAGCUGCCUUCACCAAACUAGGAGAGCUCACCAUGCAGCUUCAUCCAGUGACAGACUCCAGUCCUGCAGGUUCCCAUCUUCCCUCUAGUGGUCAGAUGAAGAGCACAGUGAAGAGGAAGCUGUAUGAAGACGGAGCUCUGCCCGCCUCCUCUGACGGGCCUAAGAAGGUCAUGAAGAAAGCUACUGUUACUGUGGCAAUGGCAACACAGGGAACUCCAACCAUCAUCUCUGUGCCCACAGCUCAGGUUGAUGUGCCGUCAGGACUACAGGGUACCCCCUCCAACCAGCCUCCCCUGAAGAAACAGAAGACUGCAGAUGUAACCCUCAGUGCUCUGAAUGACUCAGAUGUCAACAGUGACCUUGUGGACAUUGAAGGACUGGGUGAGGGAUCCAACUCCAAAAAACUCAACAACUUUGAUCAAGAUAACCUCAACCUUGACUCCAGCCUUAUCAUGAAUCCCAGUGACCUUCCUCUGCUCUCCCGUUGACCUUUAACUUCCUGUGAAUUUUAUACAAAUGAUGGACAAAACUAUGAAAAUAAGUUGUCAUAAAAUAGACUUAUCUUUUUUUUCAUUUGAUUCUGACUACCCACAUUAGAGUAAAUAUAGCAGUAUUGAACAUUGUGUUGGGUCAUGCAGGACUCUUAUCGAAGUGGUCGCACUAUUGUGAGACUUGUUUACACUCUAAGAAAUGUGUUUGGAUCAUUUUUACUCCAAGACAUUGUUAUUUUAUACCAUUUCCUCUCCUCAUCUUUGACUUUUGCUUUGUAGUAACAUCCUAAAAAGUCCUAAAAUUUAAAAGACAAGUCUUUAUGCAGUGAAGUUCUAAGAUUCAUACUUUCAGAUGCGGGGAAAACAAAAGUUUUAGAACACCCCAAUUUUUCCAGUUUUUAUUGAAAUUUAAUGGUUCAAGUCAAGGGAAUAACCUAAAAUGGUACAAAGGUAUGUGGUGAACGGCCCAGAGUAAAAAAAAAAAAAAGUUCAAGUCACCAAAAAUUGAGAAAAUAUGCAAAUUU